AUGGCCACCACAAACCAACAAACCCCAUCCACUAGCUCUAAACGGAGUCGAACAGAACCACAGGAUUCAGAAAUAAUACUCAGUGAAUUAAGUUACAAAAAACAUAAACCAGAAGUUAUUGAAGAAAAAGUAGACGAAGAUGAGUGGUCGAGGUUUCAAGCAGAAAUAGAACAAAACGAUACUGACAAUGGGAAUGGUCCAAGUAAUACUACAAAUGAAACAAAUGAGACAAAUGAAACAAAUGAAUCAAAUCAAGUAUCAAAUUCAUUAUUAGAACAUGAAUACAUUUCAUCAGGAAUUGUAAUUCAAGCAGCUCCAAGCAUAUACUCUGAAUCUAAAAAACAAAAAGAAGCAACAUCUGUGACUAAGGAUGAAAAUACUACACAGCACAAAGAGACUUUACGAUCCAAAAAAUCAGGCCCAGAUAGAGAUCUUAUAUUGGACCAAGAUGCAUAUGAUAAUAUUGCGAAAGAGUUGGAGAUUCAAGAGGAAAUGUAUGAGCGAGUAGACCGGAUCAAGGCUCUAAGGAACCAAAAAAAAACUAAGGAGAAAGAACAAGAAACAAAACCAAAAGAAUUACAAGAAGAAUCAUCAGAUGAAAGCGAUUAUGAAGAAGAAGAAGAAGAUGAUGAUGACUUACUCUGGAGAAAACAAAGUAUAUAG